AUGGAACACAACAAAGAGUCAACAUUGCCUAUUCCCACGGCCACGGUGGCCGAGCCAGUCGCAGAUCCUACAGUAGACACAGCUACUGUACCAAAGUCAGCGCCAGCAGAUGGCACACCAUCGCCCACGGCGACGCCUACAGCGUUGCCGACAGUGUCGCCCACAGUACCUGGAGCGACACCGACACCGACAUCAGAACCAACAACAACUACAACCACACCAAGAUCAUUCCCGGUAUCCGACCCAAUGGCAAUCAUCCCCGCCCAGAUUGAACCUCCUCCUCCACAAUACGAUGACCACAAGCAAGACGCAAUAACGACUCCCGCACCGGUAGUUACAUUACCACAAACCAACGAGAAAGGUCCGCUGCCCGGCGUACAAGUCCCUGUUGCUCAAAGAGUCAUCCCGUUGGCCCAACUUGGUGAAGAGCCUGGACGGAUCUGUUGUCCCUUUUGCUUCCAUGAGGUUCAGACCAGAGUGAACAAAGAGAGUACCAGCUCGACAACUAUGGCGGCGGCCUGCUGCUGUCUCUUUGGCGGUAUUUGCUGCGCGUUCCUACCGUUCUGCAUGGAAAUGUGUCAUGACUCACACCACUUUUGUACAAACUGCGGCGUCCAAGUAGCUAUUCAUCCCCACGAAGGGCCCGUGCAGCAAUUUGGUCCCAAUUCCCCUGGUGCAAUCAUCCAAGCACCGGGACGCAUUCAACCUCCGCAAGCCGUUAUGAAGAACUAG